AUGGCGGGGAUGGAAAACGUAGUUACUGCCCGCUACGUGAAGGAGCUUGUUGAAGAGCAAGGCAAAACACAAAAAGAAGUGGCUGAUAUUUUAAGACAACAGCAUCCAGGAGUGAAUGGACUAUCUGAGAGGAGUGUCAGGCGAUUUUGUGCUACGAAUGGCAUACGGCGUUAUGAUUCUCGUGUGACUGGUGUUGAUGUUCACAAUGUGGUUACAUCUGCGAUUGCUGAGGUGAUUGUAGCUUCCCUUUAUAAUAUUAGAUUCAGCUAGUGUGUAAUAUCGUAGCAUACCUCUGCCAGUUGCAAAUUGUCUUAUUAGUCUUCCGUCUGCAGCCGUCAUUAGGGCCAACGGGUUACUCUCUUUCCCGAAUUAUAUAUAUUUAUUAAACAGAGAGAAGUGUUGAGUGACGACUCAAACUUCAAUGCUUGCCAGUGCGUAGGAAACCCAGGGGGGGCACUU